UGGACGAGUCCUGCGCGUUGACAGUCGAAACACCGUUGAGAGCGUAGCUGGCGAAAAAAGACAAAAGCAAAACACGGUGACAUUUGGCAAAGCAACGGAAAAGUGCAUUUCGAAACCAGAGUUGAGAGUUUCCCAACAAUCAACAUUCGCACGGUGCCGUAAUAUCCAUAAUUGCGAGAAAAGAAAAGAAACUUACACACACACACACUCGGUGUAGACACACACAGCAGUUCUGUGAGUGGGUGAGACUCAUUGCCUUGGCCCCACGAACCGAAGCCAGCGUUCGAUUUUUCACAACAAGCUGCGAAAACGCCACUGGGAAAAGCUGAACCAAACUCGGAACUGAACUGAACUAAAAACGCCAAUAGCCAAUAGCCAGCAACAUGGACAUGCUCAACCAGAUACUCAGCAUCAACAACGGUGGCGCCUAUGGGGGCGGUAAGGCGGGCGGCGCCUUCGAUCCGGUCACGUUUGCCAUGAAGCCCCAGGUUGUCAUCCGGGCGCUCUGCUGGCUCUUUUCAGUCGUCGUCUUCGGCUGCAUAUCCUCCGAGGGCUGGACGGAGAAGGACGGCAAAGAAUACUGCCUGUUUAGUGGAGACGGAAUGGCCUGUAAGUUCGGCAACAUGGUUGGCGUCUUCGGGUUCCUUGCCUCCAUGGGCUUCAUGGGAGGCGAGUUCCUGUUUGAGCGGAUGUCGUCGGUGAAGAGUAGAAAGCGUUACGUCAUGGCUGAUAUGGCUUUCUCGGCCUUCUGGACCUUCAUGUACUUUGUGGCCUUCCUGUAUUUAUGGUCCCAGUGGAGCUCGUCGCCCCCGCCGCCUCUGGGCAUCGGAGCUGGCAGCAUGAAGACCGCCAUCUGGUUCUGUCUCUUCUCGAUAGUCACCUGGGCCCUAUGCGCUCUGAUGGCCUACAAGCGGUUCCUGAUUGGCGCCGGCGAUGAGUUCACCUCGGCCUUCGAAACGGACCCGGCCAACGUAGUGCACCAGCAGGCCUACGGCUACUCCAUGGACAAUGACAAUGAUCAAUACAGCGCCUCGCCCUUUGGUCAGCCGCAGCAGGGAGGUAUGGAGCAGCAGCAGCAGUCCGGCAUGGAGUACCAGCAGCCCACCUACUAAGGAUUUUCCCCCACUUGCUCCUCCGUUGUCCACAGAACACUUACUUCGAUUUUGUAGUGCAAAUGGCAAACGUUUUACACGACUAAACAGCAAACACACCAGUUGGCUUUACCAUAUACACCGAUGUUGAACAUAUAACAAAAGUAACAAAGUAACAGAAACAAUAAAGCAGUUGGUUAAAAAGAGGAAAGCAUACAAGAUACAAAUACAAAGUCAAGCAGUUGCAGAUACAAUGCCACGCACUUGCUUUAGCUACCAGAGGAUAUAUAAGGAUUUGUCGGAAUAGUAUGAAUAUAUAACUCGUAAGCUAGCCCCCUAAGUUGAGUGUGUGCAGUUUUUUGUAGUGGAAAUUUGUUGCAAUAUAUAUAUAUAUAUAUACAGAUAUACAACUAGUUAUGUAUCCCAUAUGUAUACAUAUACAGGCUACCAGUUGAGGAAUAGUUUUGUGUAUUGCCUACUCGAUAUUUGACAUGAUAUAUGCUUUUAACGUUGUUAGUUAUUUAGUGUUUACAUGUACGUACUUAUUAUAUAUAAUUUCGGUUCGUGCCAGGCCCUGGUCGCCUCGAUCAGCUAUAGCUAGCAACCGAGGGAAUCCACGCAGACGAGAUUUUUUAGAUAAAUUUACACACAAACGCAGCAGCAUCAGCAAUUUGGUCAGAAACAGAACGCUAUUCCGAAACACUCGUGCCCACUGCUCAAGCUACAUAUCCAAUAAACCGAAUCUGGACAGCCCAACACAUACGAGUCCUGCGGCCAGGGCCGGAGCUUGAUUAGAAGGACAACAAUAAACGCCAAACAAUUUGUAAAUUGUAAACAGUAAUCAUCACAGUACACAGUAAGGAACCUAACCUGUAACCACAGUAUUCAGGUGUUUUCAAACUAGAUUACCGCAGGCAUUACGGAUUCGCUUAAAUGUGUCUAAGGCUUGCUAAAGGCCCAUUGUUGCCCCAACUCCCAACCAGAGAUUUGUAUAGUAAAUAAUAAUAAUAAUGCCGAAGAAAUGGAAAUAUAUGCUUGUGUGUACAAUACCCAUUACGCAUUGCAGGGGUUGUCCCAUCCGCUGGAGAGGCUGGGUGCGAUCGCUCCUUGGAAUACACUCAAAUAUCAAUGAAUGUAAACAUAUUGAUUACAUAAAUGUUCACUUAGUGCAGCAACUUGCGAUAACCUACAAAUGUAUUUGUUAAAUUAAAUACUAUAUAUACAUAUAUAUUAUAUAUAUUACGGAUUGUAUAUGUCAUACGAAGACCCCUGCUGAAAGCCACAAGCGGACAGGUAUCUCAGAGCAAAUAUACAAAUAUAAAUUAAUCAUGUAGAAUUCGUGUGCGUUACAAUGAUAGACAAAGAAACCAAAAAUUUAAAUUUACUCAUUUCAAAAACUUAAGGUCGAGAUUACAAAAACGCCGCCAGUGAAAGAAUGCGAAAUUAGCAUUUGCGAACACUAUUGUAACAGAAGAACUCCUCAAACAAGAUCCUUAAGCAGAAAACCCUCAGAUUAAUAUAAAUACAUAUUUUUAAA